CAUUAACGCGACUGGAUCCACUUAAUCUUUUAAUUCUUUAUGAACUGCCCUUCAUCUCAUUGCUUCCAUUUGGUGAGAUGCUACUAAGGUACCUACCUAGAUAGUCUUCUUAAAAUGACAUCUUCUAUCAAAUUGUACCCUAGGAAGAACGGUACUGGAACUCCUGGCCAAAGUCCACUCCCCCAGCUUCUACAGACACCUUCCGGUUUAGCUAUCCUAGAGCUUCAAGGCACUAUCAACGUCCCAGAAGACAAUGAGGGCAAUACCCAAGUAGCCAUUGGACGGCUCGUAUUUCCAGACUAUCACCCAGAAACUCAAGACCCCUCUAGCACUGCUUGGAUGAAACAGAUUUAUCUUUACGUGGGCGAGCAUCAGAGACUUACUGGAGAAGCCAAGAAGCUACCGAAAGCUAUGGCCAUUAUUAGAAAACGGACUAAGUCGGAGGAAGACGUAGAGAUGGCUGACGAGCCAUCGAACUCUUCUACGGUUGAGGAGCUGGAGGUGGUUGAGAUUGUCAAGUACAAGCUUGUAUUUUCUCAACGCCCAGAGCCCGUGGGAACUGGAUGAAGACAUACCAACGUAUUGCCACGAGACUACGAACUAAAGCAUAUCCCCAUUAUAUAUAUGUGGCUCCUGAGUCCGAUCGGUUGCGUAGGUCGAGAAGUCUAUCUCUAUACCUUACGGUAUCAAAGCCCUGAGCACAAGAAAAUUCGGGAGCCGCAUGCAAAAUAUAGAAUAACAACCUACUAGCAUCAACCGAACUAGGCGAGGGAUAUAUUAAGUGAGCCUAAGCAUUUAUAUUGAUGAUUAUUGGAAGGAUCCCUACGCUUAACAAGAUGUGCAUUGGGUACAUUGAGUUUCUAUCCGGAAUACCCAUGGUCCCAUCUUACUAUAUAUCUUACUAUAUACAUCCCGGGGUUUCUCUGCUUGAGCUGCUAGAAAAGGAAAUUGCACCAAAUGCAACUUAGAAGCACUAACUCUAGAAUUAAAGAGAAUGUGGUGGUGAGAUUUCUUAGGAGAAAUGCAAAGAGUUGAGUUGCCACAAGAUCCUCGUAGCUCUUCUAAAUGCCUUUUGACUUACGAAGUAUACUAUAUAUCCGUACACAACAAAUAGGCUCAAUUAGUUUUUGAUACACAA